AUGCUACUGCAGGAAUUCACUCGGUGCUUGAAAACCCAUAUCUUAGAUCGCCUCCGAGAGCAAGGAGACACUCCCAAGUCCCUUGACUUACCUUCAAAAGAUGUCAAGGACUUCGAGUAUCAUGAAGAACAGCUUGAUGCACUCAUCACUAGCAAGAACAGGCUUCAUGAACACAAGACACUUUGUAUAAACUACACUACAUAUGAUGUUCAGCGGGAGCAGGACACUAUCAACGCAUGCUCAUGA